CAUAACCUAAAAGCAAAAUUAUUAAUAGAAUAAUAAAAAUUGCUUUGUGAUUGGUUUAUUAAUAUAUAAAAUGUAACUUACGUAUAACUAUUUAAUUCAGCUUUAACUACUAUUAUCUUCUAACCAGCCGUUUAAAGUUAGCAAUAUCUUGAGUUUAGUAAAUAAUCGGCAAAUAUGUAUAACAUUUAGCAUUGAAAUGACUGAAAAGAAAGAGUUCAAAUGUGUAAACUGCAGUGUAGCAGCUGCGGCAUUGUACAGGAACUAUGGACCAUCGGUUCUAAAACUGACGAAAUGUGAGAACUGCAAAGGCAUAGUGGACAAGUACAUAGAGUAUGAUCCAGUGAUUGUGGUGAUAGACCUGGUGUUGAUGUCGCGGGAGGCGCAGAGGCAUAUUAUUUAUAACACUGAGUUUAAGUCGUAUUGGAAGCUGUUAAUAAUACUGAUGUUGCUGGAGACAUAUGGCGUGUGGCGCAGCGACAGCCUGUUCAGCAUCGCCCUCAGCACUCUGUGUGACUUCCACCACAACACCACUGGCCACUCCACUCAUGUAGCCCUACCAAUAAAUCUGAGCAUUCCUGAGCCUUGGAGGACAGAUUGCUCAGGCUGGGCACACACAGACAAGGAUAUUGGCUCAGAUCUGUUUAUCUGGGAAAAAGACUUUUACGUACAGUUUCUUUCCAUAUUAGCUGGAAUAGUAAUGUUUAUUUCAACAGUCCAUAUCAUGAUGAACUCAUUUUACACUUUGAAUGAAGGUGUGCCACGAACCUCACAGCUUUUUUCUGUUAUUCCAGCGCCGCUGAAGCGGGUUUUGAAAUCGUUCAGUCUGGCCAACGUGAGCUUACUGUUCUGCAUACCCAUGCUAGUGUGGGGCAACAGUGACACUCCGCCCGAGACGCGGUUGUACCACUACCUGCUGGUGCAAGCUUACAGCUUUGUUGCCUUCUACAACGUGUUCAGAGUGCUGUACGCAGGGCCGCGGGCGCUGACAGUGUUGGUGCUACUCCUGAGCACGGGUCUCAAACACCUCACCACCUUCCACGUCACGCCCGCCUUACGGAAUGUGAUGCAGUGGUAAUGACAAACGCUAAAAACAUGGGCAUGGUUCACUACAAUUAAGAAACCCGCCGAGGGGCAGGCGUCAAAUGUUAUCUACAUUUGACGCUAAUUAGGCUAUAAAACAACAAGAUAUCUGAUGUCACACAAAGACAUUGAAAGUAUCCCCAUUUUAUGGCACCCCUAGCCUAGUCUAUUUGACAGAUAUCGUUUCAGGUUCAAAACCGAGUUUCCUCACUCUAGUUAACACUGAUAGGAGUUUAUAAGAGGCAGGACAAUACAGACAGCGCCCAUACGCGUGUGCUUCUGAGCACUAAAACACCGGUGGCAGCACAACCAGUCGCACUACCAACAAAAUGUAUAUACAGGGAGCCUCGCCUGGUGUCCGCUUGGUUACGUAACCAUUUUGGUGGCGUAAACUAAUUACUCCUUAUCCGUUUCUACACGAUAUCGUACCAGUACGCUAAAUCACUUGGCGAGACUGCUUUGCCAGUAGUAACUAACCACGGCUGUAGCCUCCCACUAGACUAGACCAGAAUCUACUUAGAUAUAAUAAAUUCCCAAAUUGCCCCUGCCAUGAUCGAACCCGGAGAAGCAAAAGUUGGUCAAUUUCUGGUGGGAGGCUUCGGCCGUGGCUAGUUACCAACCUACCGGCAAAGCCGUGCCGCCAAGUGAUUUAGCGUUCUGGUACGAUGCCGUGUAGAAACCAAAGGAGGGGUG